AUGUCAUAUCCUGCACCACUUUUUUUUUUUGCUAUAAAACCAACCCUUUCUAUCACUGAUUUCUCCAAAAUAUUAUCCACUCCAAUUCAAGAAUCCCCUAGAAAACCAUGUCCAUCCUCACCAAAGCUCUCUUUGCUUCCCUCCUCCUCUCUCUCCUCUUCCUCCACUUUGUGGAAUCCAGCGGCGUGGGUUUACUCCCUCGAAGUCCUCAGAAAAUGGAUUGCCGCGGCGCUUGUACGAGAAGGUGCAGCUUGUCGUCGAGGCCGAGGCUGUGCAAUAGAGCGUGUGGGACGUGCUGUCAGCGCUGCAACUGCGUUCCGCCAGGGACUUCCGGCAACCACCAUCUCUGCCCUUGCUACGCCGCCAUGACCACCCACGGCGGCCGCCUCAAGUGCCCUUGAAUUGACCCGUUGACCGCCUCAACUUCUUGUGUAUGUGUGUAUACAUGCAUAAAUAAUCAUGAACCUAUAAACAGGACUGUGUUUUGUUUAUAGAAAUGGAUUAUGGAUGUAAACUUUUAUGGUGUUUUUUUUUUUCUUUCUUAUGCCCAUAUUAUGCAUAAAACUAAUUUGCUA